UCACCAAUACUUCACUCAGUUCAGAGAUAUUUCCCAUUCUCAGUGAAAGCCAAGAACAAGAAAUGCUACUCUCUCUCAGGCAGGCUUUGCAUCUUCUACGCACUGUUGAAGGCUGGUUUAGCUGGAUCAAUAGCUAACCCACUUGUCUCUGGUGUGGACGGUGCAGGUGCUGAAUCAGGUGAUUUGGGAUUCUCUAAGUGGCUUGAGAACAAACAAGGGAAACCAGCAGACAAGGAAGCAGCUGACAAAAGGAAAUUGGUGAGCAAAUGGCAUCCUACAACGAAGGGAACACUUAAAAGGAACUACAGGGUGCCUUCCAAAUCUGAAGGAAGACGCCUUCUUAAAGCAAUUGCAUCAUUACUAUCUGAUGAUGAUCAUUUUACUGAUGCCACUUCCCACAAGGGUUGUCAAAUUAGGAGAGAGACUGCUCAUGGCGAAAGUGUGUGCUGCAACAAUGUGAGGGUUUUGUUUGAUGAACUCCCAACCCCACAUCUGGUGGUGGAAAUCACAGCUUUUCCGGCAGGUCCUCUCACAGAAAAUGACUAUGUCAAGGCUGAGAAAUUAGAGAGAGCGCUUAGAUCUGGCCCUUCUGUCUGAAGUCUUCUUCAGAAACUUCUCCUUUUGUAUGUAUUCAAACUUCACUUGUACAUAAAAAUCAACAAGUUGGGAAUGUAACCUUCUGCUUUUUGCCAAUCUUACCACUUUUAAAGGCGACAGUGGUCAUCUAAAUGAGAUUAUUUUGCUUCAAUAUGA